CCUUUUUCUCUAUCUUUUCCAAGUUGUAUUUUGAUACGGAGUCUCAGUCUCAGUCACAGUCCACUCUCGUGCGUAGAGAGAUGCUGAGAGCUUUAGUUCAGAGACGUUCCCAUCGUAUCCGCUAUCAUCAGUGCCAGUGCCAGUGCCACUCUUCCACCUCUUCACAUUCCCAUCCGCCCCAACUUCUUCUCCGCCGAUACUCGUCCUCCCCGGAACCCACUUCUUCGUCCGCCGAUGCCCAACUCCGGAAGUACCUGGGCUACGGGGCCCUCCUCUUAUUCUGCGGCGCCGCCACAUACUACUCAUUCCCAUUGCCGGAAAACGCUAGGGACAAGAAGGCUCAGCUAUUCCGCUAUGCGCCCUUGCCGGAUGACCUCCACACGGUGUCUAACUGGAGUGGGACCCACGAGGUCAUGACCCGACACUUCCACCAGCCCGAGAACCUGGAGCAGCUGGAGCGCGUGGCGAGUGAGGCGAACGAGAAGAAGACCCGGAUCCGCCCGGUCGGGUCGGGGCUGUCCCCCAACGGCAUCGGGUUAUCAAGGGCUGGUAUGGUGAAUUUGGGGUUGAUGGAUAGGAUCUUGGAAGUUGAUAACCAGAAGAAGACUGUGAGGGUGGAAGCUGGGAUUAGGGUUCAGCAGCUUGUCGAUGGGAUUAAGGACCAUGGCCUUACACUGCAGAAUUUUGCAUCCAUUAGGGAGCAGCAAAUUGGUGGCAUCAUUCAGGUUGGUGCACAUGGCACUGGUGCAAGAUUGCCUCCUAUUGAUGAACAAGUGAUUGCCUUGAAACUGGUCACCCCUGCCAAGGGGACAAUAGAGAUCUCGAAAGAGAAAGAUCCUGAGCUGUUUUAUCUUGCUCGUUGUGGUCUUGGGGGACUUGGAGUUGUGGCUGAAGUCACUCUUCAAUGUGUUGAUCGACAUGAGCUCGUGGAGCACACAGCUGUCUCAACCAUGAAUGAGAUAAAGAAAAAUCACAAGAAAUUACUAUCUGAGAAUAAGCAUGUCAAGUACCUUCAUAUACCUUAUACCGACUCUGUUGUGGUUGUGAGAUGCAAUCCUGUUUCAAAGUGGAAAGGUCCUCCCAAGUUCAAACCAAAAUAUACUAAAGAUGAAGCCAUACAGCAUGUGCGUGACCUUUAUAGGGAGUCCCUACAGAAAUAUGGAGCAGAAGGAUCCAGGGGUAAAUCAUCAGAUGAUGGUGAACAACAUAUAGAUGAGCUUUCUUUCACAGAAUUAAGAGAUAAGCUAAUUGCCCUAGAUCCUCUGAAUACAAAGCACAUCAUCAAAGUCAAUCAAGCUGAGGCUGAGUUCUGGCAGAAGUCAGAAGGGUAUAGGGUUGGAUGGAGUGAUGAAAUAUUGGGCUUUGAUUGUGGAGGUCAACAGUGGGUAUCGGAGACAUGCUUCCCUGCUGGAAAACUGGCUAAGCCAAGCAUGAAAGACCUUGAAUAUAUUGAAGAGCUGAAGCAACUUAUAGAGAAAGAAGAGAUACCUGCACCUGCUCCAAUUGAGCAGCGAUGGACCUCUAGCAGUAGGAGUCCCUUAAGUCCUGCUUCAAGCCCAUCCGAGGAUGAUAUUUUUACUUGGGUCGGUAUAAUCAUGUACCUCCCUACCAUGGAUGCUCGCCAGAGGAAGGAUAUAACGGAAGAAUUCUUUCAUUACAGGCAUCUGACUUGGGCAAAAUUAUGGGAUCCUUACUCUGCUUAUGAACAUUGGGCUAAGAUUGAGGUUCCAAAGGACAAGGAGGAGCUUGUAGAACUCCAAGCAAGGAUAAGAAAGCGGUUUCCUAUGGAUGCAUACAACAAGGCAAGAAAGGAACUGGAUCCCAAUAGGAUCCUUUCAAAUAACAUGCUGGAAAAGCUGUUCCCACAAUUAGAUGCCAUAUAAAAUUCAGGUGCAGCUGCCACACAUUUGGAACUUCGGGAUGCAAAAUAUCUGGUGCACAAUCAGGAUUAUUAUACAUAAAUACAUUCUUUUUGUUUCUUGCCUGCAUGGGAGGAUGUCUUGAACUCAAAGAAGCUUUAAGGAUUGUGAUGUAAACGUAUUAAAGGAGCUCGAUUGAUCUUUCCAUUCUGUUGUUACUCAUCCCACCGGAAAGCGGAAGCAUAAAGAAGGGGAAAAAUUGAAGGAGAAAAUCUGUUGCUGACAUAUUUGUAUGAAUUGCUCUCCCUUUAGGUAUGAACUGUGUCCAUCAUCAUGUUUGGUAUUUUAUGCAUUCAAUUUGGCAGGGCACUCCGCACUUCCUACCUGCUUUUUCCUAAGGGCUUGUUAUGCUAGAGUUUACAUUUUGAGGUUUUAAUAUUUAUUGGAUUAA